CCGCGUCUCGUCCCUGCCCCCACAGUUGUGCGCGCGCGCGCGCGCGCCCUCGCUCCCGUCUGCUGGAGGCCUUGCGUGUGACGCGGCGCGUACGCACGCGCGCCGUGCUCCCCACGCCUGUCCCUGCCAUGCGUGGGCCCGGCUCUUGCAUGGCAUGCGCACGCCCUCGCGCGCACACAUGGAGGAAGAUGAUUCCCGCUCUCCGUACCUCCCUCCGCCCCCUCGCCACCCGUGCCUUCUCCACCAGCGCCGUCAACGCUGCCAAGGCCGGUGCUGCCGCCACCUCCGAGGUCUCCUCCAUCCUGGAGCAGCGCAUCCUCGGCGCCACCUCCGACAUCGACAUCAACGAGACCGGUCGCGUCCUGUCCGUUGGUGAUGGUAUUGCCCGUGUCUACGGCCUGAAGAACGUCCAGGCUGAGGAGAUGGUUGAGUUCUCGUCCGGUGUCCGCGGUCAGGCCCUCAACCUGGAGGCCGACAACGUUGGUGUUGUCGUCUUCGGUGAUGACACCCAGAUUCGUGAGGGUGACACCGUCAAGCGUACCGGUGACAUUGUGGAUGUCCCCAUCGGCCCCGAGCUCCUCGGCCGUGUCGUUGAUGCCCUCGGUAACCCCAUCGAUGGCAAGGGUCCCAUCAAGACCACCCAGCGCUCUCGUGUCCAGGUCAAGGCCCCGGGUAUUAUCCCCCGCAAGUCCGUCCACGAGCCCAUGCAGACCGGUAUGAAGGCCAUCGACGCCAUGGUCCCCAUUGGCCGUGGUCAGCGUGAGCUGAUUAUUGGUGAUCGCCAGACCGGUAAGACCGCCAUUGCUCUGGAUGCCAUUCUCAACCAGCGCCUCGUCAACGAGUCCUCCGACGAGUCCAAGAAGCUGUACUGCGUCUACGUCGCCGUCGGUCAGAAGCGCUCCACUGUCGCCCAGUUCGUCAAGACCCUCGAGCAGUACGAUGCCCUCAAGUACACCAUCGUCGUUGCCGCCACCGCCUCCGAGGCCGCUCCCCUUCAGUUCCUGGCCCCGUACACCGGUGCCGCCAUGGGUGAGUACUUCCGUGACAACGGCAAGCACUCCCUCAUCAUCUACGACGAUCUGACCAAGCAGGCCGUUGCCUACCGUCAGAUGUCUCUGCUGCUGCGCCGCCCGCCCGGUCGUGAGGCCUACCCCGGUGAUGUGUUCUACCUGCACUCCCGUCUGCUUGAGCGUGCCGCCAAGCUGUCCGACGCCUACAAGUCCGGCUCCAUGACCGCCCUGCCCGUCAUUGAGACCCAGGCUGGUGAUGUGUCUGCCUACAUUCCCACCAACGUCAUUUCCAUUACUGACGGCCAGAUUUUCCUGGAGGCCGACCUCUUCUUCAAGGGUGUCCGCCCGGCCAUUAACGUCGGUCUGUCCGUGUCCCGUGUCGGUUCCGCUGCCCAGACCAAGGCCAUGAAGCAGGUCGCUGCUUCCCUCAAGCUCGAGCUUGCCCAGUACCGUGAGGUCGCCGCCUUCGCCCAGUUCGGUUCCGAUCUCGAUGCCACCACCCAGUUCCUGCUGAACCGUGGCUCUCGCCUGACCGAGCUCCUCAAGCAGGGCCAGUACACUCCUCUGCCCUUCGAGCAGCAGGUUGUCAUCAUCUACGCCGGUGUCCGUGGUCACCUCGACAAGGUCCCGGUCAACCGCAUCAUCGACUUCGAGGCCCAGUACCUCCCCUACUUCAAGUCCAACCACAAGGACCUGCUCGACGUCAUCCGCAAGGAGGCCGCCAUCUCCGCCGACACCGAGGCCAAGCUCAAGGAGAUCACCGAGAAGUUCAUCACCAACUUCCUCGCCUCCGAGAACUAAAUGCGCGCGCACCGCGUGCGUGUGUCACUUCCGCGGCCGAUGCUUUUCCUCCACGUCCCUCGCGCUCCCCCUGCGUGCCCGCCGGCGCGCCCUCCUCCGUCCCGUGUGUGAUGUCACACGGCCGGGCGGGGGGCGGCAGGGCUGGCUCGAUGGGCGGGGGGGCUCUUUGUCGCCCGGCUGUGCGCGGGCCUGUCUCUGUGCCCGGGCCCCCUCCCCCCCUCCCUCUCUUCCUCUCGCCGCCGAGAGGGCUUCCACCAGCAGGGGGGCGGGGGGGGAUCCGGAGCCGCGGGGCACAGCAGGCGGGGCCUCUGCAGGGCAGAGGAGAGCCUACAGGGUUUCGUCGGUCUUUUUGCCCUCUUUCCCGAGGGCGGAUCGCGUCUUCCCCACCCCCUCCCCUAUCCCCGCGUCCCUUUGAAGCUUUCCUCUUGUGAUGUUUCCCCCCUCUCAAUAUUACUCCCCCAUAUGAAGCCCAAAAUUCUCCCCAUCU